AUUCAAAAACCGAAGCAAAGAGAAAGAGAGAGAAGAUUCCCACUUUGGCUUCUCUUCUUCUUCUUCCAUACCUUUUAACUUCCUUUCCCUGUACUGUCGGCCUUUGUUGGAUUCUAAGCCGCCAUACAAAGAAAUUUUCAGUUUUUCUCUGAGAGAAAGAGAAGUAUAAGUUUUUGUUUCAUUAGAGAGAGAGAGGGAGAGAGAGUGCAAAAACAUGAAUGAGAAGGCUAAUGUUUCGAAAGAACUUAAUGCAAAGCACAGAAAGAUACUGGAAAGCCUCCUUAAAUUACCGGAGAAUCGAGAGUGCGCUGACUGCAAAAGCAAGUAGAGGGCCUAGAUGGGCUAGUGUGAAUCUAGGAAUCUUCAUAUGCAUGCAGUGUUCAGGUAUCCAUAGGAGUCUUGGAGUACACAUAUCAAAGGUUAGAUCAGCCACUUUAGACACAUGGCUUCCAGAGCAGAUUGCAUUUAUCCAAUCUACGGGGAACGAGAGAUCAAAUAACUACUGGGAAGCAGAGUUGCCUCCUAAUUAUGACAGAGUUGGAAUCGAGAAUUUCAUUCGAGCAAAAUAUGAAGAGAAGAGAUGGGUUCCUAGGGAUGGAAAAGCCAAAUCACCUUCGAGGGGGAGUGGAGAGGGGACCUCAAUUUAUAGACCAGAACCAAGAAGUAGUGGGCAUGGCCGAAUGAAUGGCACUAACCAUGGUUCUGAGGAGAGAAGAAUUACUCGUCCACCCGUUACAAAUGACAGUAGUCCUGCUUCGAGAAGUUCCACUCCGGCGCCUAUUAAAGCUUCCACACCACUGCCUGUUAAAGCAUCCACUCCAAUGCCUGUUAAAGCAUCUCAACCGGUGGCACGUGAUACCAAACCACAAGAACCUGUGCGGAAGUCAGAACCAGUAGCCCCAAAAGUUGAAUUAGAAAAGAAGGAAGAAAGUGCAACCAAAGUUGUAACACCGCCAAAAGUUGAUUAUGCAACUGAACUUUUUAAUUUGCUUUGCAUGGAUGAUUCUAGGGGGAGUAAUUCCACGACUCCUGCUCAUGAUAUUGGAUGGACCGGUUUAAAAGCUGCUGAAGCAAAAUCAACACCAGAGAGAAGUGGUACAUCAAAUUUUAUUGAAAGCAUGACACAACCAAACUCAACUUCACCUCCUUUAGAGAAACCCCUAAAGGAUUCAAAUAAUGAUCCUAUGAACCUCUUCAACAAGUCCAGUAUGGUUUCUCCAUUUUCCGUCCCUCAACAGCAACUUGCAAUGUUAUCCCAACAACAACAAUUCCACAUGACUGCUGCAGCAAGGACUGGUGGUGGAUCCCAAACCGUUCCUGCCAAUGCACAUAGACCCAUUUCCAAUGGCAUUCACUUACCUGCUCAGAAUUGGGGAAGCUAUGGCUAUCAAGUUCCUGGGAUGGUGAUGCCAAGCACUUAUCCACAGACAUAUAUUCAGAUGGGAAGCGGCCAACAAACCUAUUCAGCAGGGAAUUCAUUUAAUUUUCCAAUAUCAAGUAUGUAUAGGCCAGGGUCAGUAGCUCCUAUCAAUGGCAUGACAAACUCUAAUCCAAGUAUGCCUCCUCCAGCAUUCCCUGUUGCUCCAACUCAGCCCGCAGGAUAUUUCGAUCUCUCAUCAUUGGCACAAGGGAUGUAUACAAAGCGGUGAUGGAUUGCCUCCACAUUCGUUCUCACAUAAAAUCUGUUAAAUCAUAGGAAAAUUCUCUUUCGUAUUACUUAGCAUACUCUUCCAAUUUCUUGUUGGGGGUCACUGCUUUGGUUUGUAUUUAUUUGUAUUAUUGUCAUCAUUGGUUUAGUAAAGUUGGUUUCAUAUUGAAUAA